ACCACUUCAACUAUUCAUUAUUUUAUAAUUUUAUAAUACUCCAAUGUUCAGUUUUCUUCACAAUUCAUAGAUAUCAGCAAAAUUGUAUUUAGUUUUAUUUUUACCUAUUAUAAUAGUGACAGAUUUUCAAUUUUACUUUCAUUCAUACAUUUUUACUAUAAUAAUAAAUUAUUUUCUCUUAUAAAUAUGGUUAAAGUUAAUAAAGAAGCAUAUAUCCCACUGUUGCCGUAUGAUCUAGGAUAUGAAGAGACUAUUUUACAGUUAAUCAAAUCAUUAGAUUGUCUAGAUAAAGUGGUUGAAUGUGUAUAUGAACAUGUAAGAGGUAAUAUAAACUCACAAAAAUUGGAAAUAGUUAAACUGAGUGAUAAAUUGAACAACAUAGCUAAUAAAGUAAAACUACUGUCAAACACCAAGAAAUCGAUUCAAGUUUAUUCCAGUUCAAAAUAUCCUGCUACACAUUUACAAAAAGAUUAUGAAUAUAAUUAUGAUUUUGAAAUAAAAUCUGAUAUUACAGACAAUAUCCAAGUUGCUCAUCAAAUAUGUGUGUCAAAUGAUCCAACUGAUAAACUUAAAUUUUACCAUGUUGAUGAUGUUGAUAAAAAGUUAUCAAAAAAUAAAGAUAUUGUUCAAAUGAAAGGUCUUGGGGGAUUGCCUGAUGAUGUUAAUUAUAUUAAUUCUUUACUAUUAUUUAAUUCAAAUGAAAAUUUAUACAAAAAUUAUGUUUUAUCCAAYCCCUAUAAAGUUAAAAUUACACAAACGAGUAAACAAGUCGAAGAAGUUGAAAAUAUUAAUAAACCAGUGUUUACGCUACCAAUAAAUGACACUGAAAAUCAGUUUAAUUAUUCUUAUACACCAGAAUAUGAAGAAGUACCUUCUAUUGAUGUGCCUGCCGAUUUACCCGAUCUUCCAGGAAUAGCAGGUGAUGUAUUAUGUUUCAAAAAUGAAGAAGAAAACAAUAGCACGCCAGUUGUUUGUAAUCCUUCCAGUGUAGUGAAUCUUCCAAGUUUUGAUGAGUUAGACRAUAUUCAAAACAGUGAAAAAGUUCCUGAUAAUUUGAUGCAAACUGAGAUCCAGAUCAUAAAACCGGCUGAACCUGAAGAAUUGUCAACUGUUGUUUGUWCUCAAAAUAAAGUUGAUGAUGUUAAAGACAUUGAUAAUCCCAUUAAAACAGAUCAAAAUGUUAAUAAAAUGUAUAAUGAUAACAUUAAUACGCACAGUGUUCUAAUGGACGAAAUAAGAAAUGCAGGAGGAUUACAAAAAGCUAAAUUACGCUCUGUAGUUGAUAGGAAAACAAACGAUGAAAMAGUACCUAGUGGAGAUGGAUUAAUGGCAGAUUUGCAUAAAAAGUUAGCUAUGCGAAGGCAAGGGAUUUCUGGUAAUAAUAAGCAAAAUGAUAGCGGCUUAGAAGGGGUGAUAUACCGUAUGGCUUCAACAAUGUUACCUCCAAACCUUGAAUCUGAAAGUGAAGCAGAUGGUGAUGACGACACAGAAGGUGAUUGGGAUGAUUAAUUGUUCAAUAGGUCUAAUAAAUAUUUUAAACUUGUACUAACUAUGAUUUUUUGCUAUUAUUUUUGUUUACUCUACAAAUACWUAUUUAUUGUAUAUUUUAUUGUUAAUUUACCUAAUUGUGAAGUUAUUUAUACUAUAUUUGUUGCAUUGAUAUCCAAACAAACAUUCUCUUUGUAUAUUUAUGAAUKGAGAAUUUAAAAUAAAUCUAAUUCACUUUAU